AUGCUCUCACUCGCUCUCACCAUCACUGCCAUCGUUUACGCAGCCAUCAUCCUUCUCGUUUUCAUCGGAUUCUCCAUUUUCCUAUAUUUCCAAAAACUCUACACCCGCGAGCACCUUCUCUCCACUUUUCUGACAUCCUACUCAGUACUAUUUUGGGCGGUGUCAUUCGGAGUUGCCUGUCCGAGCUUCCACUUCUCCGAAAUAUCCUCUCAAUUUAUUGUAAUUAACAAUCCAUGGCAAGGACUAGCAGGAUAUGAAGAUCUUAUUGAAGAUCUAUUUGUGGCGUAUAUCAUGAGCAAUAGCGUAGCUCAAUUUAUAAAGAUACAGGACCAUUUGCUAUUUCUCAAAAAUCAUUGGCUAUCAAAAUAUCUAGCAGUGAAGAUAGCGAUGGGAGCCAGUCCAUUCUUAGGUUUCUUUGUGUUCUAUAGCUUUGGCAAUUAUAUAAUUUUCGAGUCUGUCCCGGUGAACAACCCAGCAUUUCUUGCAAUUUUGUUGCCGUUGGCGGUACUUAUGAUGUACGCUUUCGAUGACUACAUGUUCUUUAGACACGAGGAGCAUCAAAAUAUAAAUAUGAACAGAGAGCUCCGAAAAAAACUCCUAGAGCUCAGUUUAAUCGAAGCUGGAAUCUAUUUAGUCCUAUUUCUGCUCCCCUUGGCAUCCGAAACUUGUUUUCAAUGUCAGAAAUUUGGGACCUAUCUGACAGUAUUCUAUGCUGGAAUUCCUAUUGUUAUAUAUGGACCGAGUUGUUAUUGGGUGUGGAGGACUGCGAAAAAACUAUCAAAAAUCGUGCCAGAGGAAGUGGCUCCCAGCUCUCAGUCCACUCAAAUGGAGGAAUACAAUUUUUAG